CACGCUGCAGACGGAGCCCGCGCCAGUCGCCAUCCGCGCACCGUUCCACGCACGCGCGACGCACACCCGCCACAAUUCAAACCUCGAGCUUACUGAGGUGAUAAGGUGAUUGCUACAGCUUGUGACAGAAUGGUGGAUUCCACAUAAGUCUUAUUAGUGUUAAAGAAUUUUGUGAACUCGAAUUUAUUUCGAAGCACAGCAUGCGGGUUAGUGUGUGGUGCAGCGCUGCGCUCGCGCUGCUUGCCGUCGCCAGCGCCCUUCGGACCACACAGGGAGAAGGUGCGAGCAGAACCGGCAGAAGAUUAACAACGGCACCUGCACCCGAUGGAAGGAGUCUUGAUGAUAGUCCAACGCAAGAAGCACAGCCUACCUUCAGGCCUAGAGGCAGCAGAAGACGAGAAGAUGUUCCACCUCGAGAAGUGGUACGGACGAGAACGAGAAGCAGGCCUGCAGAAAAGACAGAAGCUUCUUCAGAAGCACCGACGCCACCACGAAACGAACGAUUAGACUCGAGAAGAACGCAUCGAACCCGCAGCAGGAUAGAAAGUAGUUCCAGUACUACUCCACCUACCAGAGAGAAUAUUAGUCGGAGCCGCUCACGAACGAACGUAAGACGCACAUCUACAACCACUACUACUACGACCACAGCUAAACCUUCUACUACGACCACGACCACAACCACGACUCAAACUCCAGAAGUAUCUUCUCCAACUAUCGACGAAACUAAGAUAGAAGUGAUUAGUUCUACCUUUGAAGAUUUAGCCAAAACCACACCGUCAGAGGAAAAAACGGUCGACCCAAACCACCAGUUCAGAAGACGAAGCUCCACUACGCAAACAACAGAAGCUGUAACUGCAGCGCCAAGGAGGUUACGAGGUCGCGUUAACACUCGACCUAAUGCUAGAUCACUUGAUCUUGAUAUUGCAGGCACUAUCAAUACAUUAACAACAGCUGAUAAAGGGCCAACCACUCUAAGAACUGGUGAUUUGAGGAACUCACGAAAACUCCGAUACAAAACAAGGCUAUCAGAAACAGACACGAAUUUAACUGGAGAAGGGAUGAAAACUCAAAGCGAAGUCACAAAAUCUAGUCAGGACGAAGAAAGCGUAGCUAGUCAACCUGAAGUUCAACCAUCCGCUCCAAUGAUCAUCGACAAUUCCCUACAACAAAGCACAGAGGGCUUGCCACUAAAGGAAACUUCAUUGAAAGUGAUAAAGAUGAUGAAAAGGCCAUUAACACGAGGGAACUUCAGAUCUCCAGUACCACUAACUAAAGUAAAAACCAGUGAUGAAAUAAGCGAAGAUGACAACUACCCGGAGAGUUUCAAAGCUCUGAUACAAGCAAAAAAUGCAUCUACACAAACGAGCUCUCCCACCAGCGAGAGUUUGUCAGUGAAAGCAUCACAGAAAGUUUUCAAAACUUACACUACCUCCUCACAGUCGACAAACACGGGCACAAACAAAUACUCAAGGUUCCGCAGUAAAUUGAAUGCUGAGAAGGACUCCAAGAAAGAAAAUAAGGAAGAAUCGUCCACUGAUGGGUCUUCAUCGGAGCCUCCUAAGCCAAGAACUGUUGAACCUAGAUCAAGAGGAACUUUUACGCCGCGGAGGCAGAAAUCUACUUUUUCUCCAGCUGGUACAUCUACAACUUUUAGUGCAAGCACCGAAAAACCUCAAUAUAAAUUUAACAGAAAGUUUAAAGUAACGACCACGCAAGCACCUAAAACUGAUGAUACUAACAAACCAAAAAGGACCGAGUCAAACGUACUACUUAAAAAAUCGAUAGCCAGAUCUACAUAUCAGCGUAAAAGCUAUCCAAAGAAAAACUUUACAACUGAAGCACCUACCUCUUUAAAUAACGAUGUGACUGUAAAACCGAUUAGAAGAAAAAAUAUUUUACCAAGAACUUCUUACUACAGUCGGUCACGUAAUAACAAGAACAUUUCUACGUCCACUACUACAGAAUCAACGGAAGAAGUCACUACUGACAAAUCUAUUGCAAGUAAAAAAAGUGAGAAUACAGCGGAUAUGCCUUUGAUAUUUACUCUUCUGAAAAACCCCUCAAACGCUGACACUUCAAGUGAAAAGUCCCAACAACGGAAUAAUGAUGAAGAUCAAGAAAUGUUUAUUAUAGCUGUAACAAGCAAAGAGUCCCAAGAAAACAAUUUGAUGAAUGAUGUUACUAAUACCGCUGAAGAAAGUGAAAACAACCCUGUUUUUAACACUUCACCGACAACUGUAAAAUAUCAUGCUAACUACAAAGAUGCAAACGCUACAACGUUAGAUAGUAAAGAUCAAGUGAUAUCUUCAACAAUAACACCGGUAAAGAACAUUCAGACAAGGAAAUAUAGUCGCAAACGCACGAAAUCGUACGAUCAAUACGAAGAUCUGGAAGCACCUAAGCCUCGUGAGAAGGGCUUAAGAAAAUACAGUGAGUCUUUUUCAAAAACAACCGAAGCAUCCACUAAUGGCAUUAAUGCUGAUCAAGAAAAGCCAAAAACCCGAUUCAGUUCUAAAUAUAGGGGUCCAAAUGUAGACAAACCAGCUUAUAAACCAACUGUACCUACGGUAACACCCUCAACUGCUUGGCUGAAAUUCUUCGUCACUGACCAACUGUUGACAAAGUCUGUAGAGGAGCCAAAUUGGUUCGAUGAAGACGAUACACGCGAUGUCACGACAGAAUCCAUGUCAAGACAGGUCAUCACCACGCCACCAAUCAUUCACGUGUCAUCCAUAGAACUGGUAGAGGGAGAAGAAAUUUAUUUAGGGCCAGACAUGAAUGCUAUCUCCUUUACUAAGACACGAAGUACACUGUCCUCAGCGGACUUAAGACUUUCGGAGAGUCUAGUGAAGUCAUCACAUGUCAUGAACGUUGAAGCAUCACAUCACUCGCCUUCAGUUACAGUAUCAAUAUUUGAUGCUUUAGCUGAAAUACUUACGUCCACACCCAGACCCCGACUCUCAACAACAACAGAAGUAUUGAUAAACCAAUACACUAAUAACGAUGUAACACAGACACUCAACGGCGUGAGUAACAACCUUAAUGUAAAUAGUGUCGGAGGCUUGCCGAGUCAAGACCCGUUACUGACAACGAUAGCUGGUAUAAACACAAACGCUAAACCUGUACAGAACACUGAUCAAACCACACCAAUUGUGAUUAACCGUUUGUCGGUUGGGGAAGGUGUCACUCCGUCACUAAGUACCAAAGAGGGAAACGUAGAUUCUGUGAAUACAAUACGACCAGUUCCCAUUCCCACUCCCACGACCCCUGUUUCCGCAAGGAGACCCUUCGCUAUAAAAGUUUUGUACUCUGAUACAGAAUCACCAACAGACAGAAUUAUGACUUCAACUGAACCCUCAUCUGUUCAGCCAUCGACUGACCCAACAAUGGUAUAUAACACUGUAUCUGAUCUUUUGUUACCCAAUAACAAUUUAGUUUCGUCUGAACUAACUAGCAUGUUAGCUAAUAACAUUAAAAGUAUUAUUGAAAAUUUGGAUGAAAGUAGUAGAUCUAGAGUUUCCUCGGAUAUGGCUGAAUUAUUAAAGUCACUAAUUCCUAGGGCGAUUGACGGACUUGCGACUGUAGUUAAAGACGUAGACAUAAUACCAAACACAACUCCUUAUUCUUUGGAGGAUAUUAAAGAUACUGAAAAUGUUGUAAUAAAUAAUGACGGUUCUUUGGACAUGUCUAACUUUAAUAUCAUCCAAAAUGGUUCUGUAAAUAGCACAGUAAAUAAUGUUGGCACAACUGUUAUUGACGCAAAUGACAGCAAUCAACCUGUAAAUAGUCCUAGCACCACACCACAAGCUUCAAGUACUGUGUCUGUAUCUACAAGUCAGAUUACAACAAGUUCAACACCGAACACCAUUCCUGUAAAUAAUAUCCAAUUGACGACAGAAUCAUCUCAGUCAACGACAGAUACUUUCCCUCUUAGAUUUUCUGACCAACUAGAUACAGACGCAGUUACUGGGAACGUUGAAAUUACAGAACGGUCUAGUGUUAUCCCAGAUAAUCAUUUAUCGCCAAUCCCCUUUUUAACUAAUUUUAAAUUUGGUGAUUUUAUCACCAAUCAAACGGAAAAUAUCACUUCUUCCACUCAACCUCAGAUAACACGUUCGGCUGCUGCACUUGCUACGCCUUCUCAAGAUAUUUAUAAUCUUGAUGUGGAAGACCCCAGUCAGGUGUCAAAAUUCCAAUUGUGGGUGCUGUCGAAGAAAGCUAGGGUCUUAAAAAUGAUUGAAGAUCUUAUCCGCCAACAUAAUGACGAAUUAGCGACUGUUACUCCUCUGACUGAAAUACUAGACCAAUCUAAUAACAACGUACAACUUUCUGACCGUCUGACUAGAAUAAUGAACACAAUGACUUCUUCUACUACUGAAAACAAUGACUUAACUACUCCUAUGACAACUCCCCUUAAUUUAAUUCCAUCUUUGACAUCUACGGAAUCUUCCAUAAUAAAUGGCCUUACAACUAUUAAUGGGGAUGGGAAUAAUAACGGAGUUGCAUCAACAGUAGAGCCUGUUGCCACUCUUGCGAGUAGCACUGAAUCCGCAACGUCUCAAAUGUCUACCAGUUCUGGUAUCGGAAUGAAUUCUAGCGAAACAUCACUGGAAAUGACGGCACAGGCUCAAAUAGAUAUCUCAAGCAGAGUCGGUUCGGAAGAUGUAACAAGCAGUGAAGGUAUUAUCGAAACUACAACAUCGUCAGAAUCUAUGGAAACCACUACGUCCUUGAAUAUCGAGACGACAACUGAUACCGAAUUAGAAACAACAACUCUAACUGAUGUCGAAAGUACAACCACUACACAAACUAAUCAAACAAAACAAAACCUUAUUUCACAAGUUGAGGUCAACGUCGCCGGUCAGUCUGCUGUUCCGAAAAAAGACUACGUUAUUUUUGGAAUUUUACCGAACAAUACAGUGGUACGUAAAGACCCUAACGACGAUGUGCUGGAAUCAUUAACAGAAGCAACUCCUUACAUCGUUUACGGUGUGCUACCCAAUAACACAGUAAUCCGCAGAUUCCCGAACGGAACCAGAGUACCACGAGUCAUGCAAAAAAUUGACAUACUACCAAUCAGUCCAUGGAGUUUAAGAAACCCAUACAGCCCCAUCCAUAAUAAUCCGGCCAUUGUCAGACCGCAGUCUAACCCCAUCCGAGUAUCCACUAAUAUCGUGACAUCCACAGACACCUCAAAUAACGGAACGGAAAGUCGAUUAACCAACGACACUGUAAAUAACCUACAAAUGAUGAUACCUUCAUCGGCACUUAAUAUAAAAGAAAGCAGUUCAUUCGGUAUAACUACUGCCACAAAAAAGCCGCCUACUGAAAAAAGCACAGCCUCGCAUGUAUUGAGUUUACGCACAACUACAAUGCUACCUUCUCUUGAUGAGAUUUUGCUUAAUAGUAUAUCUUCGGCUGCUAAAGAGGAAAUGGUCAUAUCAUCCAUGACGAGCUCUACUCUCAAACCAAGAAUAUUAACACUGGAUAUCGAUCCGGAGACCAAACAAAUUCGGACGGAAAAACCAGGUGAUGGGACUGGAAGUGCUGUAUUUAAAUUUAUUCCCAUUGACGAAGUCACGGUUGCACCACAAAAUACAAAUGUUUUGAAACUAGCUUCACCAAAAGUACCUUCUACGAUGAGCACUGAGAAGGCUGAAGUACAAACUGCCAGUACAAUGGCAGCUACUGAGAUGAAUACACAAACACCACAAAUUCAAACACGAAUAGAAAUACCGAACGAUCCUACGACAACUGCGGCGGUAGAAUUGAUAACACCAUAUACAAAUGUUGAAACGACUUCAUUACCACCUUAUACUGCAACUGUGGGUGAAACUACAGUAGAGGUAACUUCGACAACUCAGCUUCCGACCACAACGUUGGCUCCAACAACGACAACCACAACUGAAGCAACAACAACAACAACAACUACGACUGAGGCGACAACAACAACAACAACAACAACUAUGGCACCAACAACAACAACGACAACAACAACUGCAGCGCCAACAACAACAACGGCGGCUCCAACGACGACGACAACAACUGAAGCCACAACAACCACAACUACACCAGUGCCUACAACUACAACACAAGUGCCUACAACAGUUCAAACCACUUUUGUCCCAUCUACGACACCCGCAGUCACAACGGAAGACGAAAGGCAAUAUCAGGAAGACGCUCGGCUUUUGCAAGAGUUGCUAAAAGGCACUGUAGCACGAAAUCCUAAAAACUUAAUCUCACCCUCAAAUAUAAUACUCGGCGGAGUGACUACAACUGCGCAACCAACAACUAAUACUGCAUCAAUAAACGCCCAGCAAAUAAAUGAAGCGCAAUUGCUACAAGCUCUCUUAUCAGCUACGGGUCAAAAGUCAAAUACUUUGACCAUCCCUAACAUCGGAGGAAAUUUAAGAAUCACUCCAGGGCCACAAACGACGACAGUUCGAUCAAUAGAGGAUGACAUUCGUCAGUUUGAAGAAGACACGAAGUUGUUGAAGGCAUUACUGCAAGCUACCGGACAAAAUCCUGCCAACUUUAAUAUUCCAACCUUAAACGUAAAGUUGACUACCACCACUGCUGCACCAACCACCACUGUACCCACUACAACAACGACAACGCCUAGGCCAACAACAACUACCACUCCCAGGCCAACAACAACAACUGCUAGGCCAACAACAACGAAACAAAUAACAACAACACAAUCAAUUGACGACGAUAUUAAAAAAUUGGAAGAGGACACGAAACUUUUGCAAGCCUUACUACAAGCCACUGGUCAAAACCCAGGCAACCUUAAUCUCCCUAUAAUAACAGGAGUCACGUCAAACGUGAGAAUAGCAUCAAACCCGCUCACAACUUCACUUGGUUCAAAUCCAACUACACCGAUAAAUGUCAGGCCAGUUUACCAAUCGAGAACGACUACCCCUCCCACUCCCGUUUUCACGUUUGCUCCUAGAAGUGCUUUCAAUACGUUACAGACGACGACUGAAGGUGGAAUUUCGACCACAUUACUGCCUUUUAACCAGAGGAGAAGAGGGCCAACGACCACAGCUCGCAAUGUAGAGUCAACCACGCUUUUGUCCGGACGCCGUUCGCCUGGCGCAAGGUUCACCACAACGACUGACAUGCCGAGCACAUCUACGUUCUCUGUGCAAGAGGAUUUAGCUUUCCUCAAGAACCUGAAAUCUGUAUUGAAGAACAACGUCAACAAUGAAGAUCCAGAAUCUUCUCUUGCCAACCGCAUCAUCGCUCUUGCCGUUGAAAGAAGCCUGAACGAAAUUCAGUCUUCUGACCGCACUGGAAAAGCUAUUGCAAACAAUGCUGUAAAUGCAAUUCCUACUACUACAACAACAUCAACUACUACUACUACAACAACAACAACUACAACGACGACAACAACACCACGCCCAACAACAACAACAACACGUCCAACAACAGUUAAAAUUACACCAUCACUAGAGGACGAUAUCAAACAGUUCCAGGAAGACACAAAACUACUGCAAGCAUUACUAAAGGCAACCGGGCAGGACCCAUCGAAAUUCAAUAUACCGACACUACCAAAUCUUCCAACGACACAAGACGUUCAAGAGACAACGACGCAGAAAAACAAAUUGGCUAUUACAGGGCAUACAUCUGACGAGGCUUUGCAGAAGCUGCUACAAAACCAGAACAAGCCUAAACCGUCCGGCAUGGUCUCUGAAGCGACGCAAGCGCCUAUGUCUCUAAGCACGGAGUUUGGGAAGAGCAACGACGCAUUGCUGGCAGCGCUGCUCAAGGAGCAAGGCUUCGGGCCCACCACGGCAAGCUUUGCUCAACCAAGUGGUAGUGACGCCGAAGGCGAGGAGGACUACCACGCCGCCGCCGCCGCCGCCGCCUCAAAGGAGGCCUGUUCUGGAUGGCCUGGCGUGGCUCUGGCAGCAAUGGAGGGAGACUGCGCCAGGCCCAGCCCCAGCCAGGCCUAGAAAGCCAGCGCCAUCCUCCAGCCCCACCAUCUCAUCAUCAGCAUCCACGAGCAAUCGAGUCAACUGGUUUGGCUCCGGACCGUUCGUCGGCAAUGCGGACGAUAAGCCGACAUCGAACCGAGUGGGUUUCGCGUCUCUUUUACUCAAAUUGUGCGACUGGGGUUGAGGUGACGGUACCAGAUCUUAGAUUAAAUAUAACAAUUUUAGAUCAUUUCGUCUCGUUUACUAAUACUAAUACUAGUUGUUCCUAUUUAAUCUAAGUCUGAAUUUGUGUAUAGUGUUGAGGGAAUGGCGGUUGGGAGCUGUACAUAGACGGUAGGUAUAAGAUAAUGAAUUUGUAUUGUAUAAAAAAUAUUUCAUUUUUGUCUAGUUACUAUUAUUUAUUAAAAUUCGCUUCAUCGGCUUGUACAUACAAUAUU